AUGGUACCAUGUGCAACACAAUAUGAAAUGGAGCAGCAGUUGCAAUCAGUUUAUACCAUUUCUAAAUUCAGGGAAGCUCAGGAAGAGUUCGCGGGGAAGGUUUACUGUGACCUCAUAUCUUCUUCAGAGGGGGCCUCUGGGACGACAUACGAAGUAUGGGAGGAUUUUAUGUACGAGGGCCGAAGAAAGAAAAAAACAUUUUUUGUCACAUUCGAGAAAGAUAGUUGCGAGGUUGUAUGCAGCUGCCAUUUGUUCGAAUUUCGGGGGAUAGUUUGCCGUCAUGCAAUCGCAGUCUUGAUUCGCAGUGAUGUCAACUUACUUCCAGAACGGUAUAUACUUCGAAGGUGGAGGAGAGAUGUUAGUAGAGCACAUGCAAGGGUGUCAGUGAACUACGAUGGUUUGGUUAGUUCUCUUGAACAAUUAAGAUACAAUGACAUGUGUCGCGCGUUCGCGCAAAUUGCAGACCUUGCUGCUGAUGAUGAAGGGCGAGCACGUGCUAUUAUGGACUAG